AUGACGUUAAAAGUGGUAUCUGCCAAAUUGGCAGCUGAAAUCGACAAAGAAUUGAUGGGUCCAAAGAUUGGAUUCACAUUAGAGCAAUUAAUGGAAUUAGCUGGCUUUAGUGUAGCGCAGGCAAUUACACGUCAAUUCGAUUUGAAGAAAACUGUUGGUGAAAAGACAAAUGUCUUUGUCAUUGCUGGACCCGGUAAUAAUGGUGGUGAUGGAUUAGUUUGUGCAAGACAUUUAAAAUUGUUUGGUUAUAACCCUAUUGUCUACUAUCCUAUUAGAAGUAAUAGAACUGAAUUUUAUAAACAACUUACCAAACAAUUAGAAUUUUUCAAAGUUCCUAUAUUGUCUGGUGAUGAUGCUGAUAGUUGGAAAGAGUUCGUAAAAGCGGAUAGAACUUUGUGUAUAGUAGAUGCUAUAUUUGGUUUCAGUUUCAAGCCACCAUUAAGAGAACCAUUUCAAAGUAUUGUUAAUGAAUUACAUGAUUUACAAAAACAGAUACCUAUUGUAUCUGUUGAUAUUCCUAGUGGAUGGGAUGUCGAUAAGGGUCCUGUCUCCGAAAAAUAUAUCAAUCCAAAUGUUUUGGUAUCUUUAACAGUUCCAAAACCAUGCAGUGAGCUAUUAGAUCCAAAAAAGACUACACAUUAUGUUGGCGGUAGAUUUAUUCCUCGUGAUUUUGCAAACAAAUAUGGAUUCGAACCAUUUGAUUAUCAAAGUACCGACCAAAUUUUAAAAUUAUAA